AUUCUCAUAUAAACACAGGAAACUUGUGUAAAAAUACAUAUAAUUCACAUUUAAUCGUGAUUUGACGCACACGGGAGCGCGCUUAUUUCUACACAUCGACGUUUUAACGGACCGGCGCCGGUAACGAAGACUGAAGAUGGGUUUAAAGUCGCAGUUUUCACACUGAAGUUGGUGGAUAUUGCCAAGUGGAAGUGAAAGAGCGUGAAUUUCGAGGGGGGCGAUCGUGAGCUCCAGCGCCGCUCGUCCUCCGAGGUGAGCUAAGAUGAGCAUUACCAGUGAUGAAGUCAACUUUCUGGUCUACAGGUAUCUGCAGGAGUCAGGUUUCUCUCACUCUGCGUUCACAUUCGGCAUUGAGAGUCACAUCAGUCAGUCUAAUAUAAACGGGACUCUGGUGCCCCCUGCUGCACUCGUCUCUGUACUGCAGAAAGGCCUUCAGUAUGUGGAGGCUGAGAUCAGCAUUAAUGAGGAUGGCACAGUGUUCGACGGCCGGCCGAUCGAGUCUCUGUCUCUCAUUGAUGCAGUGAUGCCGGAUGUGGUUCACAGCAGACAGCAGGCCUUCAGGGAUAAACUCUCCCAGCAUCAGCAUCAGGGCUCCAGCUCCAGCAAUAGCAGCGUCGCUCCAUCACUCACUAACAGUAAUGGAGAAACACCAGUCAACGGAGACCAGAACGGCACACACACACACAAUGAUGAUGAUAUGGAGAUGGAGGUGGAGGGAGAGGCUCAGAUUCCCCCCAGUAAAGCCACCGUUCUGCGGGGUCAUGAGUCUGAGGUGUUCAUCUGCGCCUGGAACCCUGUCUGUGACCUGCUGGCCUCAGGCUCUGGCGACUCCACGGCGCGCAUAUGGAACCUGAUUGAAAACAGCUCCACUCAGCUGGUGCUCCGGCACUGCAUCCGAGAGGGAGGACAGGAUGUGCCCAGCAACAAAGAUGUCACAUCUUUAGACUGGAACAGUGAAGGCACUCUUUUAGCUACUGGAUCUUAUGAUGGAUUUGCAAGAAUCUGGACAAAAGAUGGUAAUCUCAGCAGCACACUGGGUCAACACAAAGGACCCAUAUUUGCACUGAAGUGGAACAAGAAAGGCAACAGUAUCCUGAGCGCCGGAGUCGAUAAGACGACAAUCAUUUGGGACGCGCAUACAGGUGAAGCCAAGCAGCAGUUCCCAUUUCAUUCUGCUCCAGCGCUGGACGUGGACUGGCAGAAUAACAGCACAUUUGCCUCCUGCAGUACUGACAUGUGCAUUCAUGUGUGUCGACUAGGAAGUGAACGUCCACUUAAAACCUUCCAAGGGCACACGAAUGAAGUGAACGCCAUUAAAUGGGACCCGUCGGGGAUGCUGCUCGCUUCCUGUUCAGAUGACAUGACUUUAAAGAUCUGGAGUAUGAAGCAGGAUUCAUGUGUUCACGAUCUUCAAGCACACAGUAAAGAGAUCUACACCAUCAAAUGGAGCCCCACGGGCAUCGGCAGCAACAACCCCAAUGCUAACAUCCUGCUAGCCAGUGCAUCCUUCGACUCGACGGUGCGAUUAUGGGAUGUGGACCGUGGCGUCUGCACACACACACUCACCCGACAUCAGGAGCCAGUCUACAGCGUGGCCUUUAGUCCUGACGGAAAGUUCUUGGCCAGCGGAUCCUUCGACAAGUGUGUUCACAUCUGGGACACGAUGAGCGGAUCAUUGGUAAACAGCUACAGAGGAACUGGAGGAAUAUUCGAGGUUUGCUGGAACAGUGUUGGUGAUAAAGUCGGAGCGAGUGCGUCUGAUGGAUCGGUCUGUGUUCUUGAUUUACGGAAGUAAACGAUCGGAGAAUCUCGAACGUGGGAUUGUGCAGCUAAAGCCUUUAGUGCUGAAAGAAACACAAACCGAACGCUGAACAGCGAACUGGAGGAAAUCGAGCGUCCGAUGUUUACCCAUGCGGUAAGAAAACAAAUAUUUGGACGCCCAGGAACUCCUUCAGAGUUUUAUUACAAGCUGAUUUUCCAGACCAGGAGCAGCGGGAACAUGUUUUCCAGCGUUAUGGAGGUGAAUGUAGAGCCUGCGGGGAGGAGAUUUUAUUAAUAUGAAUAACUCUCAGAUUUUAAAUGCAGUUGGAGGCUAAUUUGUUCACCCUCCUGUGAAAUCUUAAUUUAUUUUUGGAUAGUUUCGCCAAGUGCCAAUUUAAAUGAACAAAAUUAUACUUUUUUUUUUAUUAACAGAUUAUUUUUUACUGAAAAUAUAAAGUAUUAGCAUAAAUAAAAUGUAUUUAAGAUAUUAUUCUUUUUCUACUUCUUGUUAUUAUUAAUAUUAAUGAUAGUAAUGAUAAUAACAAUUAUUAUUUUUCUUUUUAAUAAUAAUAAUAAUAACAAUAAAAAUUAUUAUUAUUAUUAUUAUUAAUUUUGGUAGUAUUAGCAUAUAAUACUAAUUUUAAUAGUACAUAAUGCUGAAAAUAAUUAGUAAUAUAGUUAUCAAAUAUAAAAUCUAGUAUGUAAUUAAACACAAAUAGUAAUAAUAUUGACCUUUACAGUUUUUGCUUUUUCAUUGUAUUAUUAUAAAAACCAAAUGUGAUUAUAAAAAUCAAAACUAGAAAUGAUUGUUUACUAAAAUAAAUAAAUGUCCAAAAAUAAAAGCUGGAAACUAAUUUAAACAAGACCCAAAACUUUAAUAAAUUACUAAAGGUUAAACUAAAAUCUUAAAGUAAAAACAUAAAUAAAAUGUUUUAGAUAAUAAUACUAACUGUAAUAGUACAUAAUAUAGAAAAUAAUUAGUAUUAUAUUAAUUAAAUAUAAUAUAUAAACACAAUAAAAAGCUUAAUAUUAUUAUAAAAACAAAACUAGAUAUGAUUGUUUACUAAAAUAACACGUCAAGCUACAUUAAAACUGAAAACUAAUUUAAGCAAGACCCAAAACUUGGAUAAAUUAUUAAUUGUUAAACUAAAAUUAAACAUCUCACUGAAAAUAUGAACUAAAAACAAAUGUUUUAAAUAAUAAUAAUAAUUGUUAUAGUACACACUAAGGUAAGUAAUUAGUAUUAUAUUAAUUAAAUAUAAUAUAUAAGCACAAUUAUUACACAAUUACACAACUUAAUAUUAUUAUAAAAACAAAAUUAGAUAUGAUUGUUUACUAAAAUAACACGUUAAGCUACAUUAAAACUGAAAACUAAUUCAAACAAAACCCAAAACUGUGGCAAAUUAUCAAAUGUUAAACUAAAAUCUCAUUGAAAUAUGUAGUAAAAACAUGAAUAAAAUGUUUAAAAUAAUAAUAAUAAUUGUAAUAGCAUAUAAUAUGGUAAGUAUUUAUCAUUAUAUUAAUUAAAUAUAAUAUAUAAACACAAUAAAAUGCAAUUUUAUUAUAAAAGCGAAACUAGAUAUGAUCGUGUACUAAAAUCAUGUCAAGCUACAUUAAAAUGGAAAACUUAUUUAAGCAAGAUGCAAAACCUUAUAUAAAUGAUUAUAAAUUAAAAUGAAUUAUGAUAAAUUAUUUAAUGUUAAGCUAAAAUUAAACUUUUUAUUUUAAACCUUUUAUUUAUUAUAGUUAUUACAACAACAACAACAAUAAUAAUAAAAUAAGUAAUAAGACAUAAUUAAAACAAUUAAACGCAAUAAAAAAACAAAAUAUUAUUAUAAAAAACAAAACUAGAUUUGUUUACUAAAAUAAAAGCUACAUUUAAAACUGAAAACUAAUCAAAACUUAAAUAAAUAAAUAUUACACCUAAAAUAUCCAAUAAAAGCACAUAUAUCCAUCUAUUUAUGCUUUAACACUUUUUUUGUGCAUCAGCCAAACUAAAAUAAAAUUAUUAUUGAGGUAAAUACUGUGAAAAAUGUUCUCGCUUUGUUAAACGGCACUUGAAAAAUGUUAACAUCUGAAACAGAAUUAAAAUUGACAGGAGGGUGAAUAAUGCUGUGUUGAUCUGUAUAUAGCUGGCGGUAUGUGUGAUCUCCUCACUGGAUGUACAUUUAAUGACUGUAAAGAUGUAAAUGAGACUGAAAAUACACAUUUUAUAAACUGUGUAUAUAUGUUUAUAAGCCAAUCAUUUUUUUCUGGAAAUCUUUCAUACUUUUAUGUCGUUAUUUUUGAUUUUGUGCGCACUGUGCCUGCUGGAUUGGCAGCAAAUGUGAUUUGCGUGGUGUGGAGAUCAGAUUCUGUGUCAGAAUCAGCUGUGAUGGGAUGAAAAAGAGGAAUAAACUGAUCUCUUACAUGCAAA